AUGAAAGCCUUUCUGAUAUUGUUGUGUGUGGCGGCGGUUUAUUCCGGGCCGAUAUCGCAGGAGGACUCAGCACUGCGAUUGGUCGCGAGCAAUUUUGUGAAUUGUAUGAACAGUGAUCUUAGUUUGUGCUUAAAGGAACAUGCCCUCAAAGCAGCUGAAAGGCUCGGCACAGUUCGUAAGCUGAACAUCAUCGAAGGCCUGACGAUAUACAACAAUGCCCCACGCGACUCUAGGAGCUUUGAAGCAUUGUCCACGGACCCCGAAGAAAGGAGUAAGCAGCUCACAGAAAGAUUAUGGUCCAGCACCACAGAUCUGCUGCAGAAGAGCGAUUUAGAAGUCAGUUUCGCUGGCAAUGAUGAGGAAGAAGACGAAUCCAGGUCUAUCGAUGACGUUGAAGAAAGCCGUGGAAAGAAGAAGAAGCAGCUGAAGAAGAAGUUGAAGCUCCUCAUCCCCUUGGCCAUCCUGGCUAAAGUAAAGGCUGUGGCUCUAGUCGUCCUGGCUCUCUUAGUCAUCGCGGCAUCUCUCUUCAAGCUUGCCCUUCUCGCCAAGAUCGCUUUCAUCGCCAAGGUCAUAUCCAUUGUCAAGGCGCUGAUAGCCAAGAAACACGCUCAAGAGGAACACACCUGGGUAGCUCACGAGGAGCACCCUCAAAUUCCCCAUGGCGGUGGCUGGGAGCAAGGUUGGUCCCGCUCGAGGACCGAAGCCAACAACUUGGCUUACUCAGCCUACAACCAGUAA